UCCUCUUCCCGUAACUAACGCAGGAAGUUCGCGCUGUCUUUUCUAGUUAUGACGCGAAAGCUCUCUUAAGAGACAGCUUUUACUUUCACCAUUAAAUCCAAAACUCUUUAUAUCUUAUAGUUUUCACCCCCAAAACUUUUAAAAUACUCAAAUACACCCUUGUAUAUGUUUUCACAAGUAUAAAUAGCUUCGUUUUUAUGCAAAAAUCAUUGGGAUCUUCUUCCAAAAUAUCUCUUCCCUGCUCAUUGCAGGGAAAAGCCUCCCCCAUCUUGAUACUCUUUUAACCACCAUUAAUUCUUAUAUAUGGACAUUCAAAAUCAGUUUAAUGGUGGCCAAGAAGAGAUCAAGAAUAAGAUGAAGAAGAAACGAUCACGUGGUUUUCACGUCAUUGGUGUCGUUUUAUACAUGCUUCGCAGUCAGAGGAGAAGCAAGCCGCUUAAUAACGGGUUUUGGCGGCGAGUUGUUGAGUCCAUUAGGCAGUUGAAAAACGAAAAUGUUACGGUACUUCCAUCGUCUAAUAUAACGAUACUGCCACCAUCGUCUGCUCCGGUUACAGAGGAAGUUUUAGCGAGUAGUGACGAUCAGGUAUCGGAGAUGGUUGAGGUUUUCACGGCGACGUCUAGUUCUUGCUCUUCGGGAAUCUCGGGAUAUGGAUCAGCAAAGUCGUUGCGCGAUAUGGAUUGUCUUGAUGAAGAUGAUGAUGAUUAUGAUGAUGAUGAUGAAUAUUAUGGUAAUGAUGAUGGAGGUGAUGAGAUGAUUGAUGCGAAAGCUGAGGAGUUUAUUGUGAGAUUUUAUGAACAAAUGAGGAUGCAAAAUCAGGCUUAUACAGAACGUAACAAAGCCAAAUAGAUGAUGAUGAUGGUCUAAAUCGCAUAUUGUAAUUCUAUUCAUUGAAGCAUGAUAUCAUAUUUCAUGAAAUACAUAUAUGCAUGGAGAUUGUGCAUAUUAAUCAAUUUAAAACGU